GUACGAAUUGUGAGCUAUCAACUGCCAUGAAGUCAGUGGGAGAGGUAAUGUCAAUAGGUCGCACUUUUAAUGAAUCAUUGCAGAAAGCUUUACGUUCCCUUGAAACCGGACUAACAGGACUGGAUGAGGUGUUUCCUAAAGACACUGAUAUUGACUAUAUAAAAUCUCAGCUAGCUAAAUUACUACCCAACAGACUGCUAAUUGUUGCUGAUGCUAUGCGCUUUGGAGUUAGCAUCGAAGAAAUCAAUUCUAUUACUGGCUAUGAUUUUUGGUUUCUAUACAACAUAAAGCAAAUUAUCUUAGCUGAGCAAAAAAUUAAAGAAGGUGGAUUACCUGAAACUGCACAUGAAAUACUACAGCUAAAAAAAAUGGGUUUCUCGGACGCAAGAUUGGCUAAGCUGUCACGUACUGAAAUGACGUCAGAGCAGAUAGAAAGUAUCAGAAAAAAAUUCGAUAUUAAACAGGUCUAUAAGCGUGUUGAUACUUGUGCCGCUGAAUUUGAAUCUAGUACUGCUUACAUGUAUGGCUGUUAUGAAGGUGAUGUUGUAAAUAAAACUGAGUGCGAAGCAAGUGUCUCUAAUCGCAAUAAAGUUGUAAUUUUAGGUAGUGGACCAAAUCGCAUUGGCCAAGGCAUUGAGUUUGAUUAUGCAUGUGUGCAUGCAGUCUCUGCAGCUAAAGAAAUGGGAUUUGAGACAAUAAUGAUCAAUUGUAACCCAGAAACUGUUUCAACCGAUUAUGAUACCGCUGACCGUUUAUAUUUUGCACCUUUAGUUGCAGAGGAUGUGCUGGAAAUAUUGGAAAAAGAGCAAGAAAAUGGCCUGUUGGUAGGAAUAAUAGUUCAAAUUGGUGGCCAAACACCUUUGAAGUUAGCAAAAGUGCUUAAUGAGAGAGGUUUCAAAAUCNAAAUUCUAUCUGCCACUCAGUUGAAGAAGCUUUCAGCUGCAUAGAAAAAGUCGAGUUUCCAUUGUUAGUAAGACCAUCUUACGUUUUAGGUGGCCAGUCUAUGUCAAUAAAAUACAAUAUUGAGAGCUUUAAAGAGUAUGUUUUAAAUCAAACUAAGAUUUUCGAACAUGGUCCAUUGUUGAUUGAUAGGUUUUUAGUUAAUGCAGUUGAAGUUGAUGUUGAUGCAGUAUGUGAUGGAGAAAAUGUUUUCAUUGCAGCUAUUAUGGAACACAUAGAAGAAGCUGGUAUUCAUUCAGGUGACUCAACAUGUUCAAUGCCAACAAAUACAUUAGAUAAUGAGAUAAUUAAAGAAAUUAAAUCACAAACCACAAAAAUAGCCCGUGCAUUAAGAGUUAUAG